GAAGAGCCACCCAGAAGGGUCACAUCCCUGUAUCGCACAGGGUGUACCCUACACACUAACGUAGAGCUGCGCAUGCGCGAAGUCUGCUUCAAAAGAAAAAGACGGGAGGCAGUUGAACUCAUGAGUCUGAAAGCUCCGGUUGGUGUGCUGCGGUUGCCCAAGGGCCCUGACCCGAACAGCCGCGGGUUCGACCGAAACUCGGCACGGUUCAUCGCUCUGUGCCCAACAUCAAUCUCAUCUUCAUCCUCCGAGUCUAAAGAGGAGCAACGAGUGCGAUCAGAGCUGCGGGAGAGGUUUUUACGGACACUGUUAGUGAUGACUGACAAGCCCGUUCAGUUCAACAUGCACGAAAAGGUGCAGGUCCAUGCGAGGUUCGGAGCCUCGGAUAUAGACGUCCUAAAUUUUCAAGUUUCUAAUUUGGAGACUCCUCUAGGUGUUCAGAAAGAAGCGCUGCUGAGGUGCCAGGAUGUAAUUUCAUGUUCAUUUGAACUGUGAAAAGUUGUUGAAUUGACGCUAGAGGGCGGUAGAAGAGCACAGUGGAAAUCAGGAUUGGACAUCAAUGCAGUUUUGCAAUUGUAUAUACUUUGACUUCAUGAGCAAAUGAGCUUCUUUCAUCAAAAUAAAGUUUAGCUUCUUUAAGAUCAAAUAGUAUGUUUUGGUCUGAGUGUAUUGGUUUUAAUGUUGCAGGUUGUAAUAUACAUUUGCAAUGUUAGGAAGUUUUAUUAUGAUGUGUUAAUAUAUUAAAGUGCCCUUUAUCAAUCUGGAGCUGAACAUCAUCUGUCUUGUUGUUCAGCACAGAAUGCCUGUGAAUGGAGUGAGAGUGCUUAUGUACAUAAGCUUAAGUAGCCUACAGCAUUUGCAAGGCCUCAUGGCAUUGGCUUCUGAGCUUUGUAGGGGUUGUGAAGGGAUACGGCCAAAUCUUGCAACAUUUUAGAUUUGGGGAAAGCGCUCAUCCGGUGAGAUUUUGGCCAUAGCUGUAUCCCAUUUAGCCACAGUUUUUGUGGGAACAGUAGAUGCAGACAAAAGCGCACUCCUCAGUAGGUGCUUCUUUUGAAUAAGUGAGUACUUAAGCUUCAAAAAGUACGUUCUUUGUAGUGAUGGGAGAAA